CAUUCAACUCCAUUUCUCUCUUCGGAUCCUGUUUUUAGCUUCACAGAUUUUGUUUUGAUUUCUUCAGAUUUAUUCGUUUGCUUUACUGUUUAUGUCAUCUCAAUUUUGCUGGAUCCAUUAGGUUAACUUUUUUAUUUUAUUUCUACUAAAUGUACGACUGACACUGUGCUGUUUGGCUUCUGUUGGAGAAUUUGAGAGAGAUAGAGAGAGAGAGACGACUUCUGGUUUUUGCUUUUAAUUUCGUUUCGAGUUUAAUUUUUUAGGCAAUCAUGAGUGAUAAGGGGGACAAAGUGUGCCCGUUGUGCACCGAGGAGAUGGAUUUGACUGAUCAACAAUUGAAGCCGUGCCAAUGUGGUUAUGAGAUUUGUGUUUGGUGCUGGAAUCAUAUCAUGGAAAUGGCUGAAAAGGAGAAAACUGAGGGUCUGUGCCCAGCAUGUCGCUCAAGUUAUGACAAAGAAAGAAUAGUUGGGAUGGCUGCUAACUGUGAAAGACUCGUUGCUGAAAUAAAUUCUGAGAGAAAAGUAAAAUCACAGAAGGCAAAGCCAAAACAACCUGAAGGAAGGAUGCAUCUCACCAACGUUAGAGUUAUUCAGCGGAAUCUUGUGUACAUAAUUGGAUUGCCUCUGAACCUUGCUGAUGAAGCUCUUCUUCAACGAAAAGAAUACUUUGGCCAAUAUGGAAAGGUAUUGAAGGUGUCUAUUUCUAAAACUUCAACUGGGGCUAUUCAGCAUUCUUCAAACAACAGCUGUUGCGUGUAUAUAACAUAUUCGAAAGAGGAUGAUGCUGUUCGUUGUAUUCAGUCAGUGCACAGUUUUGUCUUAGAAGGUAGACCUUUAAGGGCAUGCUUUGGAACCACCAAGUACUGUCAUUCAUGGCUUAGAAACUUGCCUUGCAGCAUCCCAGAUUGCUUGUAUUUGCAUGAGUUUGGCACUCAGGAAGACAGUUUUACAAAAGAUGAUUUAGUUUCUGCUUUUACAAGGAGUAAAGUUCCACAAAAUAUUGGUGCAACAAAUAAUUUGCAUCGACGUGCGGGAAAUAUGCUACCAUCCCCUACAGAUGACUAUGAUGAUAGAAAUGUAUUACCGACAGCUUUACUCGAUUGUAAAAGCUCUUUAAAUACUGUUGUGAGCUCUGACAGUGAAUCUUGUGCCGAUGGUGGUACUGAAAAAUCUAAAAUACUUCCUGCAGCAGCCUCAUGGGUGAUGCGAGUCUCUUCCAAUGUAGCUCCAGCUGCAUGUUUGUCAAGUUCAGCUGGAAAUCAUAAGCCUGAAACAUCAAGCGGGUCUCAAAUUCUCGCGUGUGAAGUUGUGAGCCCAAAAGGAUUUUAUAAUGUAAAAAACGAAUUAGCAGAACAAAGUUGUGAUAUUGCCAUACCAUCUACUGGCAGUUGGGGUUUAGGACUUGCUAGUCCAUCUUCUCCUGCAACUGUGAAUGAAGAUGAAGAUUUUCAAGCUGAUGAUGGAGACUUUCCUGGAUUAUGCUCGUCAAUAUCAUCAAUUAGCACGGCUAGCCAUCCUAAUGAUGAGAACUCUAGUUCUACUAUUCCAGAAAAUUCGUUUUACAACCAUAACUUGCCCACAACUCACAGCUCACACCAGGAUGUCAACAUACCUAUUGAGUCUUCAGCCUCACCAGCAUUGAGGAAAAGCUCAAUUGUUGAGGAUUUGUUAAGGUUUGAUGAUCAGCAGCUCAAAUGUUCUGGAGACACUGAUAAUCUACCAUCUACGUCUUGUUUAUUUCCUUCAAAACAGAAUUUGGCACAUUUAAGCUAUCGUUCUUGGCAGCAAGGUGAGAUAAAUGAUAGCAGCACAAAUGAUGCACAUCAAAGCACUGGACCAAUUAUAUGCAAUGAUGCUGCAUUACCACCGAGAUCUGGCAUGACAGUACCGUCUAGUGGGUUCUUUGAUAACCAACUUAGUAGCCAUUCAAAAGUGCACAGGACUUGUGAUUAUUCCAGUAUCUUGUCUGAUGUGUACAUGGAAGGAUGUGAUAAUGCUAAAGUUAGUUCUGACAGAAAGGCUUCUAUGGAUAUAGGGGAAAACAGCAUUAUAUCUAGUAUUCUGUCUUUGGAUAUGGAUUCAUGGGAAGAUACAUUGACGUCGCCUCAGAGCUUAGUCAAGUUGUUGAGUGAAACUGAUAAACAACACAGUAAAUUGAAAUUGCCAAGUAUAAGAAAAGCACAAGAUAGCAGUCAGUCGAGGUUCUCUUUUGCCAGACAUGAUGAUUUCAUUGAUCAGGGGUCUAAUCUGGGGCAAUGGCCUGCAAAGGUAAUUGGUACUUCUGCUCCUCAUCAUUCUAAUGAGAGCAAGUUUCUUGGCACGGACAACAAAUAUCGUGAUAUUUCUUCAAACCAUAGUUUUGUGGAAUCAAAUAGUUUACUCAGCAGUCAUCCUUUUGCAGCUUCUACAUUCCCAGUUUCUAAAGCUCCAACGUCUCCACCAGGAUUUUCCAUUUCAAGCAGAGCUGUACCACCGGGUUUUCCUAGUAAUGGGGCAUUGAACUAUGAAGCAAACUACAUCCCACACAAUUCUGCACUUUCCUCUAGGAAAUUUGGUGGCUCUGCUGAUGUUGAGUUCUUUGAUCCUGCAACUAUGGAAGUUGGUGAUGGGCUACUCGCAGCAAGGAUGAAUAAUUCAGGCUUUGACAUGAGGCCAGCUUUAUCAUCACAUCUUAGUCCGUUAAGUCAUGAUAGAGAGCUUCAGUUGCUGAUGCAGCAGCAAGUUUCUGUCAAGCAGAACCAUAGGUUAUCAGAUCACAUGAGUAGAUUCUCUUCUCCCCCAAAUGAUGCUUACAAUAUUCCAUCAAUGUUUAUGUGCCAAUCCCCUCCCAACAAUCCAUCUCCAUUUGCACAAAUGACAGCUCAACAAGUUAGGAAUGUACAUAUGUCAAGUGGCCGUUGGGGUAGUUGGGAUGAAAUCAAGAGUGUCAAUAAUUUGGGUACACCAGAAUAUCUCAUGAAUGGGAGGCUGGGAUUCAACAAAGUUAUUCCUAGUCACGAGGAUUUGAGAUAUCAGAUGUCCAGUUCCAGCAAUCUAUACAAUAGAGGAUUUGCCCUGUAACUUUCUUUUACUGAAGUUGAAGGUCCUUGAUGCUUGAAUAGACUAUGGAGGAUGCGACUGUAAAUGGCUCGGCUGACCUUGUUUUGAAUGAAAUCGGAUUUCUUGCACAUUGCUCUGUUGGAAACCACCAGGUUAGCUGGACCAAGAAUACCGGUUUUGGCAAAUAUAGUUGGGGCAUUUUGCUAUAGCGAUGCAGUAAAUCCUGUCGUAAUCGUCCAUUGAUAGAGGUUGAACGUCCUCAUUACUUGACAAGUAGGCAUGAGGUAGAAUUCAGUCGGAGCCACCUAGUUUAGACAAGUGUUAAAUCAGUGGAAUCUGUUGCUGUUUGUAGAAAUAUAAGAAUACAUCAACUUCAUGAGAAUGAAAUAUCGUAAUGGUAUUAAUCAGCUUUUGCUUGUGUUUUAUA